GAUUUUUGAAGUUCCGGGUGAAUUUAUACCGCAUAUAUCGGCCAAUCUGGGUUAUCUUAAUAAAAUUAAUAGAGCGUGUGUUUCUUAUAGCUGUGUAACUUUGUGCCUAAAAUAGAUAAAUUUGAGCGAAAACUUGAUCUAGCCCCAAUAUAACUAACAUCAGGUCUUUCGAACAUCCGGCUGACUCCAUGUGAUUGGUAAUUACAUGUGAAGUGCGUUAAUAAAUCUCAGAGAACAUUCUUUUAGUAUGUACAUGGUAAUAGUUAAUAGAUGAAAUCGGUCUGCACUACCCCAACUCCCAUAUACUACAUACAGCGAGUUCAAAAAGUGUUUACGUAUAGUAAAAAAUAGUGCAUGGCAGCUGAUCUUAAGAAAAAUUAACAUUCAAAUUAAAUUUUGUUUUACGAAAAGUAAAGUAUAUUUAGUCAAAAACUUUUUAACAUAAACAAGCACCUCAUUUAAUAAUCUCUUGUGGCUAUAGUAGAUGUAAAGUAAUACAAUGCAUGUGAACAUUAUUUGAGCUUAGAGGUAAAGUGGCGAUUGAAGUCCAAUAACUAAUAACUUGUGGGACUGCCUUUAGCUUUUAUAGAAAUAGGGAAAUUUAACAACAAUAAAAACAUCUUUCGCAAACGCAAGAGAACAGAAAACGACUCAUCCCCAUUGUGAAAACGCUCAUUUUUUGCGGAAAGCAGAACAUCCCACUUCGUGGGCAUAGAGAUGACGAAGAUAUUCGAAAAAAUAAAACGCCCGUGCAAAACGAACGGAAUUUCAGGGCUUUGCUGAGAUUCAGAAUCGAUUCAGGUGACACAACUCUGGAGCAUCACCUUGGGAGCACAUCUUCAAGAGCGACCUAUACCAGUAAAACGAUUCAGAAUCAACUAAUUGAAUGCUGCAGGGCAGAGAUAAUGGACAAAAUUUUGCAACGAGUGGCCGUGCUGAGUUUUACACGAUUGUUUUCGAUGAAUCUCCAGAUCUGUCGGGAAAAGCUCAGAUUAGCGUUGUACUCAGACACGUCGAUUUUUCUUCUGGCGAAGCAUGCAUACCAGAUGACUUUGUAUCUUUUUUGGACGCAUUCGGUCAACUCGCGGAGGGCACAGAAUCAGAAGAAAGCGAGGAUGAAGAUGGAUUAAUGGCUUACAGGACUGCUGGAAAAAAUGACCGAACCGAUGAAGAAUUGUCUCUAAGUGGAUCUGCCAUCGGGGGCAUUGUUCUUGGAGACAUGAAGAAAAUGAAUCCCCGAAUGGAGAAAUACGCUUGGAUAGGGACUGAAUAUUUGUGCGGUCAUGCUGUCAGAUAUCGGAGCAGUCAACGAAAUUCGGAAAAAAGCAAAAAAUGAUGCUCAACAACAGUAUUUCAAA